AUGCUUAACAAACGUAAUCCCCUUCACUCCAGAAAGAUGGAAAAGAUUGCUUCAGCUGUUGACACUGGUAGUCGAGGAUUAAUUUCGAAAGCUGCCAGUGCUCGCAAAUUCAGCAAGGAUGUUCUGAAAGGAAGCAAUCAUGAGAAGAAGUAUGAGGAAGACGCGAUCAUGAGGAUGAACGAAGAUGACAGUGACGACGAUUUUCGAUGGAGUGUUCGGCCUGGAAUAAUUAACAGUAACAAGCUCUCAUCAGCAGGCGCAUAUGAGGAUGAUUAUAAUGAUGAUGACUCCAUCAGUGAUGAAGAAGAAGAAGAGGGAGAUUUGAUGAAGGAACGUGGCAUUUCGAAUGGGAAAUCAUCGCAAAAUUCAUCACUAGAAAUGGUCGUUGGUCCCAGCAGCGCGCACAGUGCCCAGUCUCUUGGACUAGGUACCAUUUCGGAAGAUGACGACGAUGAUGGAUUUGCCACUGGGUCAGCUGGCGGGGGUUCAGUUGGUGGGAAAAAGAAGAAGAAGAAAAAGAAGAGAGGGACCUCACCCAAACGAGGAACUUCACCCAAACGAAAGAUGAAACGAACUCAAAGCGAAAAGACAUCUAGCAAAUCGAAAUCAACAAUAUCCGAGACUACUGAAGCAAGGAUGGGAGGCCUCUCCAGGUCCAAAAGUUAUUCCAACGACGACGAUCUUGACGACGACGACCUUGAGGUCCCUCGUCGAACCAUUAAAAAGUCAAAAUCAAAGAAAGUCAAAAAGGGACGAGCCAUUAAGGCGCCAAUGAAAAUUGAUUUUACGGGUCAAGUCACUGAUGCAGCCAACGAUGACGACGAACCAAGUGAAGACUUUGACGACAGUGUGGAAGGUGAUACCUCAAGCCCCACCAAGACAGCUGCCAACGAUAACGAUGAUGACGGCUCUGAUGCAUACAUGGAUCCAAUUGCCAGGGCAAACAUUAUUGCAGAGCAUUUGUCACGACGGUCUCUAAACAGCAGAUCAGAUAAUAAUAAUCAUUUGGAAGAGAUCAAGGAAAAACAACCGCUCGAGGAGGUCAAUAAUCAGAGUAAACUUGAGUCAUUGUUAUCGA